AUGGCCGACGUUGAGCCCAGCAGCCCCAACGCUGCCACCUUUGCCGAGACUCUUCAGUACCGCGCGACGCAAUCACGCCGCUCCCGACCUCCCGACCUCGAGGCCGCUUCCGGAGAACAGCGCCGCGUUCCUCUGCGCGCGGAGAACCGACUAAGCAGGCGAGACUCGCGACUGGGCCUCAGAAGCAUCUUUGGAAGGAACAAGAGCUCCCGCGAAAUCGACACCACGACUUCGUAUUUCGACACCGGGAGGCCUAGCAGCAUUCGAGCUUCACUCGCAGAGAUCAGCAACUGGCCUUAUAUGCGCUCAGAAACCACACUGCCCAGCGCUGCUUCACGACCGACCUCGGUAGCCACCCAUGCUCCGUUCAGCGACUCAUCCAUCCAGAGGAGGCCGACAACCACCGAAAGAUCCAGGUCGCAGACUCCCGGUGCCAAAUCGUCCCGCGGCAACCUGGCUACCUGGGACCCCCCGCCACUGUUUCAAGCAUACCCCCAAGCUAUCAAGCAUGCGCAGCUUCCCGCCUGCACGACUUCGGCCGACGUAAUACUUCGCUUCCAUGAUAGAAAGGGCAGCAUCAGCCUGCGCGACGACCUGACCCAGCUGGGUUCUCCUCAGGAGCUCAGCGACGAUCAGUUCGGCGACAGAGCUGCCGAGAAGGCGCGGAAGAAGCACCUGCGGACCAUGUCAACAGCCCGACUCGAGUGGACAUCCAAGAUCUACGUCCUUUGCACUUCGGGCUACCUGCUGCAGUACUCGGGAGAAGGCAACUUUGACCGUCUUCCCGAGAAGAUGCUACAUCUCGGCAAGGACUCGGCCGCCUUCGUCAGUGAUGCCAUCCCGGGCCGCCACUGGGUCCUUCAGGUCUCGUCCGCGAUGGAAUCCAACGGUAUGUCGGCUGCCGACUCACGAUCGCUGCUCUCUCGACUUCCCUUCCGCGCAGCCGAUAAGCGACACGCCGCCAACUUCCUCAUGGUUUUUAACAGCGCGGAGGAGAUGGAAUCCUGGAUCACGAUACUGCGCCGAGAAAUCGAAGCGCUUGGCGGCAAGAAGAACCUCUCCGAGACUGGCAAGCCUAAAGCUGAUGACAACGUUGUGCAGCUGAAGGCGCAGCCUAGUCAGCGGACGUUGGUUGUCCGCGACCCCGAACGGUUCUCGCGAGUUCUUCCCCCGGAUUUCUGCCUCCAUCUGGAGCAGGCGAGACUGCACGACCCGGAUCACCCUUCCGCCGUCGACGCGGACAUGACCCGCGAACCCUCCAUCGACGACAUUUCCACGACCAACAGUGUCAUGUCCCACGACGACCGACAGCUCGAGAGCUUGAGGGACAGCACCAACCGUCUUUCUUGCAUCUCAUCCGGCCAGCGCACUUUCAUGACAUCCGCCGGCUCAUCACCGGCCUGCUCUCCCGUUCGCGAUAGUUUCGCGAGCAGCUACAUGGACGACUUGCCCCCUUCAUCCCAAGAGGCGCCUACCGUUAGACCGAGGCCGAAUGCCGCGGCCAUCCUCGACCGCAGGCAAUCACUACAAACGUCGGGCUAUCUUGAGCUGAGAAGCUCGCCAAUGUCUCGACCCCAAUCAAACAUGUACAGCGAACACGAGAUGGCACAAAUCACUGCCAACUUCAGCGUUCCCAUUAGCAGGCGCUACAGCGCCAUGAAGUCCCCGACAGCCAGCCCCGAGCAGGUUAGAAACCGAGACUCGUUCUCAAGCAUUCGGAGCGCCCGAAAGCCGCCUCCGACUGCGCUGGCGAUGGCUCGCCCCCUGUCCAUAGUGGCAGACCAGCCUUCUCCUCCCGUCAAUGGUCUCGUUGAUGCAGUCACCGGCCAGCGCUCAGCCGUCCCGAGCGAGGCAGCAGCAGCUGCUUUCCCCCCGAGACAGGCGAGUCUUGGACCCAGGGAGCAUGCUGCGACGGUGACUGUUAGGAGCCCGCGAAAACACGCCAGCUCCCCUUCACUGACUAACUUGGAGGAGGUGCCUCUCUCACCGGAACUUCGAACCUUCAUCCUUCCGUCAAGGACUCCGCCGACGCCUUUGGCAAGCGAGAUGCAAGAGUCGCCUUACUCGCCGUCUGCCAAUGAGUGCGGACGGCUUCAGUCCCCCAGAUUCACGCCCCGAAGACCCAGCACCUUCUUCGACGCUUCGUCACCGCUGUCUGCCAUCAGCGGAAGCCCCGAAGGUGAGGACACAAUCGCCCCCAUGGUUGCGCACGACUGGGCCGACGACGAAGAUGUCGACGAGACUUCGACCGACCUUCCCGCGCCCCAGACCAUCAGCAACAAGGACGGAUCCAAGACCAUCAUCACGUUCCGCUACAACGACCAGGGCCAGAAGGUCAAGACGACGCGCCGCAUCCGGUUCACGACGCACACGGAGAAGGUGAACCCCCGCGUGGCGGAGCGAAAGACGUGGUCCAAGUUCGGCCUCAGCGAGAAGGACGGCGCCGGCCCGGCGGCCGACACGACCUCGGUCGGCGAGAACAUCAUCUUCCGCCCCAGCACGAACUGGCGCAAGGACGAGAAGGAGCAGGGCGAGGACCCCAACGCCCAGGCCAUGAAGGACAAGCUCAAGGACAAGAAGGUCAAGUGUCGUAUUUGCAACGGCGAGCAUUUCACGGCCCGCUGCCCGUACAAAGACACCAUGGCGCCUGUCGGUGCCGAGUCCGGUACCGCGGACGUCGCUGCCGGCAUGGGAGACGAGGCUGCCGCGGCGGCCGCCGCUGGCCCCGGUGCCAAGAAGGGAAGCUACGUCCCGCCUGCGCUCAGAGCCGGUGCUGCUGGCGCCGCGGCGGGCGACAGGAUGGGCGGCAGCAAGUACGGCGAGCGCGACGACCUGGCCACUCUGCGUGUUACCAACGUUUCGGAGCUGGCAGAGGAGCAGGAGCUGCGCGACAUGUUCGAGCGCUUCGGUCGUGUUACGCGUGUUUUCCUUGCCAAGGACAGAGAGACGGGCCUGGCCAAGGGAUUCGCCUUCAUCAGCUUCGCGGACCGGAGCGACGCCGUCAAGGCCGCCGCCAAGAUGGACGGUUUCGGUUUCAAGCACUUGAUUCUCCGCGUCGAGUUCGCCAAGAAGGCCAACUAA